CUGUGAUAAACAAGUUUGAACGCAUUCGUUUAAUUGUCUCGUGCAAAAAGUGAAUCACGCAGAUUUCUUCCGUCGCCGGUAUCUGCUUUACAAACACUUUUAAUUUCGCGGUACAUCGGACUGCUAGUUAGUUGGACUUGGACAUGUCCAUGCCUUUAAACUUGAGUGAUAGAAAUCGAAAUUGCACGAUAUUUUAUGAAUAAUGAUAUCGAAGGAGAUAUAUUAAUUACGUUGAGAGUUGUUCCUACACGUUAAGUCUGUUGUUGAUUAAGAAGUGUAAGUUCAUCCUUCUCUUCGGAUAACACAACCUAAAAAAUGUCAUCGAAACGGAAGCCGGACACGCAAGUGCCGGCAGAAGAAAGCGAUUUACUUUCUAUUCGGCCGCUCGGUGCCGGCCAAGAAGUUGGAAGAUCUUGUAUUAUGCUGGAGUUCAAAGGAAAAAAGAUAAUGCUGGACUGCGGAAUACAUCCAGGUCUCUCCGGCAUGGAUGCUCUUCCAUUCGUUGACUUGGUAGAAGCCGACGAAAUCGACCUACUUUUGAUAUCUCAUUUUCACCUCGAUCACUGUGGAGCCUUACCUUGGUUUUUACAAAAAACUAGUUUUAAAGGACGUUGUUUCAUGACUCACGCGACGAAAGCCAUAUAUCGCUGGCUGUUGUCCGAUUACAUCAAAGUCAGCAACAUCGCCACAGAACAAAUGUUGUACACUGAGUCUGACUUAGAAACUAGUAUGGAUAAGAUAGAGACGAUAAAUUUCCACGAGGAAAAAGAUGUCUUUGGAAUUAAAUUCUGGGCAUAUAAUGCUGGCCAUGUUCUUGGCGCUGCUAUGUUCAUGAUCGAAAUUGCUGGUGUUAAAAUACUGUACACAGGUGAUUUCAGUCGGCAAGAAGACAGGCAUUUGAUGGCUGCCGAAAUACCAAACAUACAUCCUGAUGUUUUGAUAACGGAAUCUACCUACGGAACUCACAUUCAUGAAAAACGGGAAGAUCGAGAGGGAAGAUUUACUAAUUUGGUACACGAAAUUGUGAACAGAGGUGGAAGAUGCUUGAUUCCUGUAUUUGCCCUGGGACGAGCACAAGAGCUUCUGCUGAUCCUGGAUGAAUACUGGAGCCAACACCCUGAGUUACAUGAAAUUCCAAUUUAUUAUGCUUCGUCUUUGGCCAAAAAAUGUAUGGCAGUUUAUCAGACUUAUGUUAACGCGAUGAAUGACAAAAUACGGAGACAGAUAGCAAUUAACAACCCUUUUGUAUUCAAGCACAUUUCAAACUUGAAAGGCAUCGAUCAUUUCGAAGACAUAGGGCCUUGUGUCGUUAUGGCAUCUCCUGGUAUGAUGCAGAGUGGCUUGUCCAGAGAAUUGUUUGAGUCUUGGUGCACUGAUUCAAAGAAUGGAGUAAUAAUCGCUGGUUACUGUGUAGAAGGGACUCUGGCCAAAACAAUCCUCUCUGAACCUGAAGAAAUUGCAACGAUGUCUGGUCAGAAAUUACCUUUGAAAAUGUCAGUGGAUUACAUAUCGUUCUCAGCACAUACCGACUAUCAACAGACUUCAGAGUUUAUCAGGAUUUUGAAACCACCACAUGUUGUAUUGGUUCAUGGGGAACAAAAUGAAAUGGGGAGAUUAAAAGCUGCUCUACAAAGAGAAUACGAGGACGAUCCACACACCACCAUGGAGAUACACAACCCUAGGAAUACGGUUGCAGUAGAGCUGUAUUUUCGUGGUGAAAAAACUGCAAAAGUUAUGGGAAAUUUAGCUAUGGAAACUCCAAAACCUGGACAGAAAUUGUCAGGUGUUUUGGUGAAGAGAAAUUUCAAUUACCACGUACUGGCACCCUGCGAUUUAUCGAAGUAUACCGAUAUGAGUAUGAGCCAGGUGGUUCAAAGACAAAGUGUACAUUUCUCUACAUCGUUACCGGUCUUGAAACAUUUGUUAACACAGAUUGCUGGGAGCAUAGAAAACAUCGAUGAUAAAAAGAUGAGAGUAUUCAAAAAUGUUGAUGUUAUUGUAGAAGGAAAAGUUGUCACAAUGGAAUGGAUAGCGACUCCUGUAAAUGACAUGUAUGCAGAUUCAGUUUUGACUGCAAUAUUGCAAGCUGAAAUGAUGGAACAACCGCCGAAAACACUCCCUGCGCCAACAAAAAUGGACCGAAUGCAUUUCAAGGAAUGUCUCAUAGAAAUGCUUCAAGAAAUGUUCGGUGAAGAUUCUGUACCUAAGAUUUUCAAAGGUGAAAAACUAUACGUUACAGUUGAUGGUAAAAAGGCUCACAUAGAUUUGUUAAAUUUAGAAGUAACAAGUACAGAGGAUGAAACCUUUCAGCAAAUAGUCCAGACUGCUGUUUCCAAGUUGCAUCAAUCAUUGGCUCCGCCGUACGAUACUUUAUAAAGUUUUACAUUGAAAACCUUGUAAAUCUAAUUCAUUAAAUGUUCCAUAUCGGAUUGAUAUUUUCAA